AGUCUAGCUGCAAGAUGGCAAGGGUCUGGGUUCGCCCACGGUGCUCCAAAGACCCGAGGAGCGCAUGAGGGGGGGUUCCCCCCAGGGUUGAAAGACCCUUGGAAAUCCCGUAAGAGAGUCCGCGCAGCCCCCGGGCUCUCCGCCCCCCUGGAGGAUAGGCGGUGAAUAGGGAGGGGUGGGGAGUAGGGCGUGAGAACUGGGUCAGGCUGCACUUCAACUCGAGGGGCCUUGGAGGACUCUCGGCAUCUCCGGAGACAAGGGCACGACACGCACUUCAACGAUGAAGAGUUGUGGGAGCAUGCUGGGGCUAUGGAGGCAGACGCUCCUCUCCUCGUGGAUCUUGCCCCUGCUGCCGCUGCUGCUGCUGCUGCCCUCCGCCCCUGCAGCCCACCACGGGUCCUACAAGCCAGUGAUUGUGGUGCACGGGCUCUUUGACAGUUCAUACAGCUUUCGCCACCUGCUGGACUACAUUAACGAGACACACCCCGGAACUGUGGUGACAGUGCUUGAUCUCUUCGAUGGCAGAGAGAGUUUGCGGCCCCUGUGGGAACAGGUGCAAGGCUUCCAGGAGGCUGUGGUCCCCAUCAUGAAAAAGGCCCCUGAAGGAGUGCAUCUCAUCUGUUACUCCCAGGGGGGCCUGGUGUGCCGUGCUCUGCUCUCUGUCAUGGAUGAGCAUAAUGUGGAUUCUUUCAUCUCCCUCUCUUCUCCACAGAUGGGACAGUAUGGCGACACAGACUAUUUGAAGUGGCUGUUUCCCACCUCCAUGCGAUCUAACCUCUACCGGAUCUGCUACAGUCCUUGGGGCCAGGAAUUCUCUAUCUGUAACUACUGGCAUGAUCCCCACCAUGACGACUUGUACCUCAAUGCCAGCAGCUUCCUGGCCCUGAUCAAUGGAGAAAGAGACCACCCCAAUGCCACUGCAUGGAGGAAGAACUUUCUCCGCGUGGGCCGCUUGGUGCUGAUUGGGGGCCCUGAUGAUGGAGUCAUCACUCCUUGGCAGUCCAGCUUCUUUGGUUUCUAUGACGCCAAUGAGACAGUCUUGGAGAUGGAGGAGCAACCGGUGUAUCUGCGAGAUUCUUUUGGAUUGAAGACCCUCUUGGCCCGGGGAGCCAUAGUGAGGUGUCCCAUGGCUGGGAUCUCCCACACCACCUGGCAUUCUAACCGCACCCUCUACGAGACUUGCAUUGAACCUUGGCUCUCCUGAAGUCCUCAGGGGUUGUCAGGAAUUCCCCAGCCCAGAGACCAAGUGGUGGCCUUGGAAAGCAGGUGCCAGACUCUGGCAUGCCCGUGACCACCUCAUCGCUCCCACACUGCCCUCCACCAACCAGGGCUCCCGGAACCCCAUCUUCUCUGCUCCUUCAUGAAUGACAGGUCCUGGUCCCCUACCUCAUGUUCCAAGGCUGAGGUUCAGAAGUGAGCACCAGGUUUUGGACUCUGGCUUCUGUGCUGCUGCUGCUGCCCCUCCGGGUCCGGCUGUACCGGAGGAGGACCCAGCCCCUGCCCACCACAGGGGUCUCCUUCCAGGCCACUCAGGACAUUUUUAGCUUCUGUUCUCCCGUGUUCCCUCCUCAAGCUCCCUGUCGGAACCCUUCGCCCCCAAGAGGGGCACCCAUGAGUGGGGUUCUGAGGCUCCCCUAUGGGGACAAUUCCAUUUCUGAAGUGUCAGUGUUGGGGAAUAUCUGUGGCCUUCAAGGCCCAUCUCAGGUUUGGGGAUUCCCCCAGUCCCUAUGAUCAGUGUUUGGGGUAUCCCUUGGGAGCCUAGUUUUGAGGCCCCAGCCCCUCUUUUAACUACCCUUGAAUGGGUGUUCCUUGUAUUUAUGGAAAUAAAAGUUCCAUUCCCCCAACGUGGCUUGGUUCAUUUCC